UCGGUCAUUCUAUAACUUGGUUUCUGUGUUUUUGCUUGUAGAAAUGUUCUGUUGUAUUUUACCCGCACAUUUUAGAGUUUAACAAAAGAUGUCUUCCGUUCGUAUUUUUGUCAGAAAAAAGUUGUAAUUUCGGGCUGAUGUAACCUGAGCUUUUGACACAGUCACAUAUCGCACUAUGCCAACCAGUUUGCAGAUGUGGGUUGGAGAGAAGACCAUGUACGCGAUGUGACGUACUAUUCAACGUAACACUGGAAGGGGAACCUCCGGGUCUUUAGUUCGCGCGCCGUUGUUUCUUACAGCACAACAACGAUGGAACUACUGCUCUAACACAUUAUGAAACAUUUGUAUGAACCAGUGGAGUUGAAGACAAUGUACGGAUAAACACUAACCAUGUAGCUGGCAAGAGUAGUUGGUUGCCAAUGGAUACAGGGGCAAAACCAUUCGUCGCCCCUGGGCGAGAAAAGCGGGACCCCUCUGUUGGCGUGGUGAUGUCAGAUAGUCUGUCUCUACCCUCUUACAAAGACUACCCGGCAGGGAGCCCCUUCAUCAAAACCACCCUACCCUCAUGUUGCAACACACAUGUAUCCCACCAGACACUGCCCAGCAAGGCCUUCCCAGAAAGCAGCAGUGCAGCGAUCCUGUCUGCUCUGAUGAACCUGCAGGAGAAGAUCAGGAGGCUAGAGUUGGAGAGAGGCAGAGCGGAGCGGAGCCUACACAGCCUGGAGACGUCACGCACACGCACUGACCUAAAGAGUGACACGCACACUCUAACAGAUUCACGUGGACACUCAGACACGCGCACGGACACGCACAAACACACCGAUGCGCACGCUCGGAGAGAAACCGCAGAGACCAGCGACCAGUCAGAACCCAACCAAGUGUUAGUGAUCCAGUUGGCUGCGGCCGAGUCUCGCUGUAAGCUGUUGGAGAGACAGCUGGACUACAUGAGGAAGACAGUCCGCAACGCCGAAGCCGACAGAACCGCCCUGCUAAAAAGACAGGUUUCCUUGGAGACGAUCAGGUCAGCUGACCAGUCCCACCAGGCCCAGGUGGAGAAGCUGGAUUUACUGGAGCAAGAAUACCAGAGACUGACCUGCACACAGAACCAUGCAGAGAGAAAAAUCCGUGAGUUGGAGUUGAAACUGCUGGAAGAAGAACACCAGAGAAAACUGGUUCAGAACAAAGCCAACCAGUUACAGACGGGUCUGGAGGCCAGUCGCAUCCUGAUUCAGUCCGUGUCACCCCGCCCUCCCAAAGCCAGAAGUAGAAGCAGAGAGAGGAAACCUGUCUCUAAGGCUCUGCAGCAGCCGUCACCUACGCAGCCACACUACCGACUGAGUCUAGGAGACGUGCCGUUUGUGGCAGGGAAGUCAGUAGGAUGCAGCCACUCUGUCAGGGCCAAUGUCCAGUCAGUGCUCUCUCUGCUGAAGCAGCACCAGCCCCAGCUGUGUAACGCCCGUGUCCUCUCUCACGCCCCUCUGGCCCUGCCAGCUAAUGGCAGCCAUUCAGUCAGUGGCUCCUCCUCUUCCUGUGGGGAAGAGCUGUCCGACCUCCUACUAGCCCUUCAGGAUGAACUGGGACACAUGAGCCUUGAGCAGCAAGAGCUUGUGAGGCAGGUUGAUUCAUGUGUUAGUGAGCAGGAGAGGAGGGAGCUGGAGAGAGAACAAGAGAUUCUACUCAGGAGGAUGGAGAGGAAAGGAGAGCAGAUCAGCAAGUUACGCAGGCACCAAGCACAGGUGAAGAGGCUGACAAGAGAGAUUCAUGGUCAGAAGCAAGGUGGAAGAGGGGAGAUUGAAGUGACCACCACAGUGACCACGCGUGGUCGCGCCGCUGGAACAGUCAAGGUUCGACCGGGCGACCGCAGUAGAAACAGUCUACAACUGCUCAAAGACAUGAGGACACUUCAGACCUCACUACGCCCUGACCAACCACAAUGGAACUAUUGAACACAACAGGACCCUGCCAUAACCUGCACGUCUCUGAUUUCCGUCUAUUGGUGAAAACAAAUGAAGCCAGACGUACUACAGACUGAGGAUGUCAUUAAUGAAUAACGUCCAGGGGCACUGUGGGUAGGGAAGUGUGUGAUAAUGUAUUAAUGACGGAGAGCAUCAUAAGAAAUGACAAACUAUAGAUGCUCUUCCAAGAGAGUACAGCUGACAGAAAUAGACUCUGAGUUGUGUGGUUGUGUGUAUUUAAUAGCGUGCAGUGACUCACUGAGAUGGAGAACACACAUUGUGUAAGUUGAGGACCACAACUUUUUUUGUGGUCUUCAAGUUGUGAGGGGAGGACGGCUCCUAAUGACAGCUGGAAUAUAGUAAAUGGAAUGUUUCCAUGUGUGUAAAAACGAUGUUUGAUACUUUGAGCACACCCUCCCUAAUAAAGUUGUCACCAGCCACCUGUGAUAACAGGGGAGUGUGUUGCUGGGAGCUGGGCAGCCAUAGGAUUUCCCUAAAGGUGCUGUAUGUGUUGUGUCUGUGUAUCUACUUUUGGCUUAUGUUAUUUACUCUGACCAACAUUUGACCUUUUUUAGGCUACUGCUUGUGGGAAUCAAGUUGUGUAUCAAAUGUUCUGAAAUAAAGUAUUUAUUUUUGGGU